GCCAAGUAAACAACAAAAAAAAGAUGCCUUGUCUACAUUGAUUAGUGUUGUUGAUCUUCUGGAAUCGCGGGAUAAUGAUGGCAUUGAUGAUUUUUUCAAUAAAAAACAAGAUCUGGUAAAGUUUUUGAUUAUUUUAAAUUAA